AUCGCCUCGACGAAGUACCGCUUGCUGACGUUCGUCCCGUUGAACCUCUGGGAGCAGUUCCACCGCGUGGCGAACUUGUGGUUUCUACUUGUCGGUAUUUGCCAGAUGCUCCCGUACAAUCUGAGUCCGACUUCUGAGUGGGCCACUAUCGUGCCCCUGGUAUUUGUCCUCAGCUUGACGAUGAUCAAAGAUGCGAUAGAGGACUAUCGUCGUUACAUGAAUGACACCAAGGUGUGCAUUCGAGUUAGCCACGGUCCUUGUCAUAGGAGAGUGGAACCUGCACAUGAUCAUAUGCUUGAGCUAUCAUAUCAGGCCGACAUGCUGCUGAUAGCCACCAGCGACCCAGACGGAACGGUAUAUGUGGAAACGAGUCAGCUCGAUGGAGAGUCGGCAUUGAAAGUCAAACAAGCUCUUCCCGAGACACGGCGGAUGUUCUCCUCUAUUCCAUUGGUUUCCGAGUGUGUCGGAUCAAUGACGUGCGAUGCCCCCAAUGCUCUCAUCGACGAGUUCAACGGCCUCUUUCGACUCAGAGGAGGGCUCAGGGAACCUGCUGAUGCGAAGAACCUGGUACUCCGCGGAUCGUCGAUCCGCAAUACGGCGUGGUGUUGCGGCGUCGUUGUUUAUGUGGGAAGGGACACUAAGUUAGCCAUGAAUAUGACUCCAAAUGCGCCAAUCAAGAGGUCGAAGGUGGAGCUCCAAAUAAACAGGUACCUGGGCUUCGUUCUUGGGUUCAUGCUGGCACUAUCUUUGGGACUAACCAUAGCUUUUGCAUGCACACGCGACUCGAGGGACAGUGAAUGUCACGUUAGUCAGCGGCAGAAUGCUUUUCAGAGACAGCAAUUCUUGACAUUCCUUCUCCUAUUCAACAACAUGGUCCCGAUAUCACUUUACGUAACCGUGGACAUCGUCAGAUCAAUACAGGCAUACUUUAUUCAGCGGGAUCCUUAUUUGAAGGAAGGACAGCAUUCGAUUAUCGUAGGCGCAUCAGGCCUCAACGAUGAUCUUGGCCGGGUUGACUACGUUCUGGUUGACAAGACCGGAACCUUGACGGAGAAUCGGAUGUCGUUCAAAACGUGCAGUAUUGGUGGAGUACAGUAUGGGAGUGAAGAGAAGGCACCCACGGCUGAAAGUAUUCACUCCGACAACCUUUACUCUUGGCGAAGCAACAAGAUGCUCCCGGACACUGAGAAAAACCGCCUACGUGAUGAGGCGUUACUCGAAUAUCUGGGAGUCUCGGCGAUUACAAGGCCUCAGGAUGCUUUCGUCCAUCUGUUCAUGCUAACGUGCGCGAUAUGUAACACCGUUAUUGUCGAGACGUCAACCAAAUCACUGAUCGGAGUCCGUUUCCAAGGCGCUAGCCCGGAUGAGGAGGCCUUGGUUGAAAUGGCUGCGAGCUCGGGCUACAUCCUCACGAACCGAAGCUCGGAUUUCGUGUCACUUAGGAUACUACGGCCCAGUCCCGCAGGAAAGGAGCGACAAUGGGAGGAUACCACUUUCAAAAUUCUCGGUGUCAACGAGUUCACCAGCGAACGCAAACGCAUGAGCAUUCUUGUCCAAAUCAUGAAGACCAUUGAAACUGAUGAAGGGGACAUCGCCUAUAUCCCCGAUGGUAGCGGGUCUAUGCUAUUGGUGAAAGGUGCAGACGACGUGAUGGUCGAACUCUGCCAGAGAGGUGUUGGAGAGGCUUCAGCUAUCGCCUUAUGUGGGGUCCCUGUUCGGGAUGUUCGAGAGGAAACGGUUUUUGACAUCAAUGAAUUCGCAUCAACUGGUCUUCGAACACUCAUGCUAGCGAUGCGGUAUCUUGAUGAAGUCGAGACCUCAGAGUAUCUUGGAGCCCUGAAUGAAGCUAGGCACUCCAUAACGAAUCGAGCUGACCGAUUCGCUCAAAUAGCCGAUAAGUUUGAGACGAAUCUUAUUGUUCUCGGGGCCACUGCUGUGGAAGACAAGAUACAGCGUGGCGUGAAUAUAACGGUUUGUCGGAUGUUGAAUGCGGGCGUGAAGGUUUGGAUGCUCACGGGUGAUCGCUACGAGACCUCCCUGAACAUUGCUCGAGCUGUUGAACUCUUACCCCGGAAUGCGUAUGUGUCGAACCUUUGCUCCAAUUACGAGCGUGGGAUGAGUAAUGAAGCAGCAGAUGCCUUCGUACGACAAAAACAGAAGAACUUUGAGGACGAAUACCUGAAGUGGACCGCUCGUGGGAAAACGAGUUGUUUAUGCGUCGUUUUGGAUGGUUCAGCAAUAGACUGCUUCUCCUCGUCGAAGAGCAAUUCGAUAAUCUUGUCCAGUAUCCUCAUGAAUACCGGAUCGGUGGUGGCAUGUCGCUGUUCACCAUCACAGAAGGCACUGAUCGUCCAACUGCUAAAAAAAGCAGAUGAUUGUAUCACUUUGGCUAUAGGCGAUGGAGCUAACGAUGUUCCUAUGCUUGAGGUGGCCAACAUCGGUAUUGGAGUCAUUGGGAGCGAAGGAAUGCAGGCCGUCAGAGCCUCAGACUAUGCCAUUGCCACAUUCUCUCACCUUGGACAGCUGAUGUUAAUCCACGGCCGAGACUGCUACAACCGUAUUACCCUCGUUAUACUCUAUUCCUUCUUCAAGAACAUCUUCCUGAUAUUGCCGAAUGUAUUUUUCGCUUUGAGCAAUGCAUUCACUGGCACCUCCCUGUACGACUCCUGGAUCUUGAUGUCUUACAAUGUCUUCUGGACUUCCCUCCCCAUCAUAGUCAUCGGCGCCAUGGAUAUCACCCUGCCACGCUGGGUCGUUGUGAGGUAUCCCAUCGUAUAUGUUGAAGGGAGAAAGUCAUUCUCAUUCAAUGCGAGGAAGUUUAUCGUAUGGAUACUAGGAGCGACUUUCUGUGCUGCAGUCGCCUACGUUUCGGUCGCGGUCGUUGUGGGUUACUCUUCCGUUAUCACUCCCAGUGGCGAGUUGAUGAGUCACGCUUGUAUGGCUGAGUUCUAUGUGAUGAGGAUCGUCGAUGGAGUGGACGAUUCUCUCUUGGCUGCCUGGAUCCCCUUUAGUGUGCAUAUUGCUGCUCAAAUCCGAUUUCCGAGAGCACUUGCCCUAUCUAUCGUCCACAUUAUCUGUUUCAUCACGAUCCAUCUCGUUCGUACAUUGGAGAUCCAUCAUGGUUCGAGUAUGGAUGGACACGACUCGCGAGACUGUGGGGUCGAAUUUAAUAACCUCUGUCAACUGCUGGACUACCUCCCGAUGAUGCUCGCGAUAACAUCGAUGAGUGCGGCACUCGGAUACAAGACCGAACUUGAUCAGAGGAGCCACUAUCUCGUCUCUCUCAAUUCUAAAGUCGAGCAAUCCCGCAGUAAGGAAGUACUCAACAACAUGCUUCCAGAUUUCGUAGUCGAUUCGAUCAUUGAGCACAAUAGAGGGCUCCCCUUCGGUAGCAGUACUGAGUCUCGAUUGCUUUCCCGACGGUCAACAGAGAGUUCUUCUAAAACGGGCUCCUCAAGAAUCCCAUCUACAUUGGAAAUCGGAACAUUUGCCCGGCACUGUGGAGACGUGACUGUACUCUUCUGUGAUGUGGCCGACUUCCCGCAGUUGGUCGCUGCACUGGUACCGAAGCAGCUCAUUUUGAUGAUACACCGAUUGUUCAGCAACAUCGACAAGUUGGUGUUUGUUCACGCUUUGACUAAGCUCGAAACGGUCUCUGAGUCCUAUGUUGUCUGCAGUGGACUCAACCCGGAUGGUGACUCAUCUGAUCAUGUUGUGUCGAAGGAUGCCUUCCGCGCAGUAUUGUUGGGCUUGGACAUACUGGACAAUACCGCUCACAUGAAUGUCCCAGCGCACACUGGACCUGACGAGUGUAUGAGGGGGUUUGCAAUUGCUUUGGUUUUGAAAAUUGGCAUCCACACUGGUCCGGUCAUAUCUGGGGUGGUCGGCUCUAAAAGACCACAGUUUUGUAUCUUCGGAGACACCAUCAACACUGCAUCGCGGAUGAAGUCCACCGCCAUUCCUAAUCGUGUUCAUCUCUCGGCGAGCACUCGCGAGUGUUUGGAAUUCUCCUCGAGUCUUUCCUUCGAAGAGCGCGAGACGUUUGUCAAAGGAAAAGGGGUGUUGAUGACUUACGAUGCCUCUCGGGUUGUCGACUCUUCACAUCUGCAAGAUGUUGGCGCGAUGUCGACGAGCAGAGAUCUUGCGGUCUCGUUCGACACUUCUAAAGUGGAGAAGUUGGGAGGGAUUGAACCUCUACGGAGGCACUCCCAGGCCAGUCUCGGUGGCUCGGCAACCAGUACACUCACGGCUCCCGUUAGGAAGCUCAUCGCGAGCUUGAAACCAUCCAUACGUUGGCGGAAUGGGGCAGAAGAAAGUUUGGAUGAGCAAGCGUAUGAUGCUUUCCACUCGUCCAGCCCUUGGUUGGCUGGGUCAGAUGUUAGCUGCAAUGAGAGGACAAUUAAUUUCGACAAAUCUCGCGAUCUGAACUUGGCUGUAGAGGCUUUGCGACGCAACAAUGACCGAUAUGAUGUUCAAAAAGAGCACGCCGUCGAACGUAUGGAUCUCGGAAAAGAUCGGGCCAGCAUGUACACUAUGGAGUUCCUCCAAAGCUCCUAUGAGAUCCGGUUCCGAGAGGGUCGUUUGAUGACAUUUGUAACCUCGAGAUCGACUCGAUAUGUGCUCCUCAUUCUGUCGGUAUCUUACCUUAUCCAAACCAUCGAGCUUCUGGUUGCACCACAACAGCCGCAAGUCAUAUUUUCCCGCGUCCUCCUCGCCCGACUCACGGUAUGGAUCCUCCUGAUGGUAUUGUAUGUGCUCUACUCGCUGAGGAGUCUCUUGUCUGCGCCAGCUCUGAGACUACUCACAGUCGGAGUGUACGCCAUUGGGAUUUUGGUGGCUUCAUUACAUACCCUCGUUUUCGUCGAAAACGUGCGGCGAGAUGAUUGUGAUGCCGAUGAUCCUACAUGCAGUAAUCUGAGCAUCACCGAGUCGCCGGCUGCUACAGGAUACCAUUCUUAUGCGAAUAGCCUCGAACUGACCAUGUGGUUGAUUAUGAUCAAUUUCAAUGCUGCAUUGCUCUUCAAGCAUCUCCUCUACAUCAACAUCAUAAUCCUUAUUCCAGUAGUGAUCUCGUGGAAUUUCAGUGAAUACAUCGGAUCCGACUUGGCUGCGGAGGCAUUGGAAGCAUACCUAGCAGAUAGGUACAUGGCAUCACUAUACAAAAACAUGACCCUCUUAUUCGCUGAUAUAUGCAACUAUACAGCUUAUGCGAAGAGUGCCCCUGCCGAGCGAGUUGUAUCACUCCUCACUACCCUGUUCUCACGGUUUGACAGUCUAUCGGACACUUAUGCAGUGUACAAGGUACACACCAUCGGAGAUGCGUACGUUGCUAGCACAGAACCUAAGGAAGGUGUCGAUAAGGUACAGUCUGCUAGGAGGAUGGUAUCAUUCGCCCAGGCGAUGGUGGAGGCCCUUCAUACAGUCCGACAGGAAAUGUCCGCGCCAGACUUGGAAAUGCGGAUAGGCCUGCACUUCGGCAAGUUCGUUGGCGGUGUUAUUGCUACAACAAAGAUAAGCUAUGAUAUCUUUGGUGUUGACGUGACCAUCGCGAAUCAAGUCGAAACAGCUGGUAUACCUGGAAAGAUAGUCGCGUCCAAUUCUCUCCGCGGAUAUCUUGUUCAUUACUUCCCUGGCAAAUAUAGGUUUCGUUUCCACACAACAAUAGAGACAUUGGUCCCUGAUGAUUCUAGUGAGUACUUCCAGCGUGGGGCUGCUGAUAGGAGUUCCCCCAAGCAAUGCAGCGUCGUCGCCAAACAGCUGAAAAUCUACGAGAUAUCUACGAGCAAGAUGCAGUAUGGUCAGUUCGAUACUGUGAUCUAG